AACACGAGUGUGGAGAUAGCAGCACGCAUCUAACAGACACUCCAGACAUUUCUGGGUGGGGUGGAUGACAAUAAAUACCACAAGUCAUCUCAGACCAUCGUGUUUGGACUGAAUGUGUCUGAUUCUGUCCCAGGAUGGGCUUUUCACGAGUUCUGUUUGGAGUUUGUUUGCUUCUUCCAAGCAUCAUAGCGCACAAGACCACCAGAGAUACCUUUUACCUCCUGGCUGUAACCUCCAAGGCUGUAGGGGGCACAACAGAGACGUUAUGUGUCACAGUCAAAACUCAUGAAAAAGUUUCACUGGAAGUGAACCUGGAGCAUAAAGAAAACAGAGUCAAUCUUCUGACAGAGAAGUUUAUAAGACAUGAAUACUACCGCUGUAUCCCAUUCCAGGUUCCUGAUGUAAGUGUGGAAUCAGUGGCAUCUAUUGGGAUUCAGAUUGAAAGAGAAAACAUUAUGCUGAACAAGACAACAAAGAUCCUCAUCACACCUCCCAAUCAUCUGACCAUCAUUCAGACGGACAAACCCAUCUACAAACCAGGACAAACUGUUAAAUUCCGCAUCGUCUCUCUGGAUACCAGUUUCCUCACCUACAAUCAGACGUUUCCGACAAUAGAAGUGCAGGACCCAAACUCAAACCGUAUUGGUCAGUGGCUGAACGUCAACACGUACGGUGGUCUGGUGGAUCUGUCAUACCCCCUAAACUCUGAGGCCACAAAAGGAGUUUAUAUCAUCACCGUCUGGAACAAGAAAAACGACGCUUUUACACAAUCCUUCGAAGUCAAGGACUACGUGCUGCCCACGUUUGAAGUGACGGUCAAACUUCCUCUAAUCAUAACCAUCCUGGACACAUACGCUACGCUGAAAGUGUGUGCUAAAUACACAUACGGGAAGCCGGUGAAUGGAACCGUGAAGUCUACCGUCUGCCAUAACAGUAUCAGAUACUUCUGGUUCCCGCCAGGAGCCACAAUGCCACCAGACAUCUGCAAGGACUAUAUAAUGAAGACUGACAGGACAGGCUGUGGACAACGUGUCUUAAAUCUGAAAGAUUAUGUGUUAACCGAUUCACGCUAUGAAAGCAUCAUUAACGUUCAGAGUACAGUGGAGGAAUACGGCACUGGUGUGAUUCUGAAAGGUUCAGGCAGCUCAACUAUAACAUCGAAUAUUAUCACACUUUCAUUUGAGGAUUCACCGUCAGUGUUUAAGCUGGGAAUGCAGUAUGAAGGACAGAUCAAACUGACCGGUCCAAAUGCCAAUCCUAUGAAAGGAAGAGUAGUGAUUCUGACUGUAAAUUAUGCUAACGUUAAAAAUUCAUUAUGGAGGCUGGUUACAAAUGACAAAGGCAUCGCAAAAUUUACCCUCUCUACUCAAUCAUGGGGUCUGGAGCCGGUCUCUUUACAGGCACAGUUUGAAAUGCCUUCCAGACAAGUUGCAUAUAGUGAAAAUCAGCUCACACCACAGUACCCCAACGCCUACCUCAGGCUUCAGCCUUUCUACUCCAAGAGCCGGAGUUUUAUUACAUUGAGGAGCAGCUCGAAACAUUUCCCCUGUGAUAAAAAAGCUGUGAUUGAAGCUAGGUACAUGAUCCGUGACAGCACACUCUCACACCAGACCACCUUAUCCUUCUUCUACAUGGUGAUGUCCAGGGGACAUCUGGUGCAGCAAGGACAUCUUUUGGAGGGCUUACACCCAGGAAGAGCAGAGCACAGGGGCACACUAUUUCUCUCGCUGGAGAACCUGCUAGCGUUGUCUCCGGUUGCUCAGGUGGUCCUGUACACUGUCCUGUCCAGUGGUGAGGCUGUGGCAGACAGCAACAACUUCCCCAUUCAGCUGUGUUUGGCUAACAAGGUCUCUCUGAAUUUCUCCCAUUCUCCUGAGCUUCCCGGUGGUCAGGUGUCAGUGAUUCUGAGAGCCACUCCAGGAUCCCUGUGUUCAGUGAGGGCCUUAGAUCAGAGUCUGUUACUGCUGCAACCAGAGAAUGAACUCAGCACUGAAUCUGUGUUCAGCAUGCUGCCUGUCCAGAUGCUAUCAGGAUAUCCAUACAACAUUUAUGAUGAGGAUUCAUACCAAUGCAUGGGAAACCCACCCAUCUUGGACGGCAUACCUGUAGUUGCAGCACCAAGGUCAAGAUUAAUUGGUUUUCCUUACUAUGGAAAGACUGACGUGUACAACACCUAUAAAGAUGUUGGAAUAAAGAUCCUCACCAAUGCCAUAGUCAGGAAACCUCCUGAGUGUGUUAACGGUGUGCUGUAUAUGGGUGGAGCCAUGGCCAUGGAUGCUCCAGCCGUCUUUGCCAGAGAAGCCGUUUCCACUAAACCAGUCGUUACGAUCCGCAAAUAUUUCCCAGAGACGUGGAUUUGGGAUCUUGUGUUAGUCAGUCAGUCUGGAGCGAUGGCUGUUAGUAAAACAGUCCCAGACUCCAUCACUACAUGGCAGGCUGGCGCGUUCUGUACAUCACCUGUCGGGUUCGGAGUCGCCCCGAAAACUGAGCUCACUGCCUUCCAGCCUUUCUUUGUGAGUCUCACCAUGCCCAGCUCCGUCAUCCGAGGAGAAGUGUUCACACUCAGAGCCACCGUCUUCAACUACCUCCAGAGCUGCAUGAUGGUGAAUGUGAUUUUGGCUGACUCAAGGCAGUUCUCAUCACAAGUGUGUAAAGGCUGCAGUUACACAAGCUGCCUGUGUGCUGACGAGAGUCAGACUUUCUCCUGGACCAUCACACCACUGCUUCUGGGGGAGGUGAGCAUCAACGUGACAGCGGAGGCUAUGCGGUCAUCCACACUGUGUGGAGUGAAGGCGGUUACUGUACCAGACAAAGGACGAAUCGACACAGUCAUUAAAACACUACUAGUGCAGGCUGAGGGAACCAAACAGUAUAAAACCUACAAUGAACUGCUCUGUCCAGAUGGUGUUGCUGAGAAGCUGGUCUCACUGAGACUGCCUGCGGUGCUGGUGGACGGUUCGGCCAUGGCCUCAGUCUCUGUGCUGGGAGAUCUGAUGGGUCGAGCGCUACAGAACCUGGCGAGUCUCCUGGCGAUGCCGUACGGCUGUGGAGAGCAGAACAUGCUACGUUUCGCCCCAAAUAUCUUCAUCCUGCAGUACCUGGAGAGCACCAGCCAGCUUACACCUCAGAUCCUGAGCACAGCUCAGACCUACCUCGUGACCGGAUACCAGACGGAGCUGACUUACAAACACACUGACGGAUCUUACAGUGCUUUUGGGAUGAGCGAUGCGUCAGGAAACACAUGGCUGACGGCGUUCGUGAUGAAGUCUUUUGGAAAUGCGAAGAGAUACAUCUUUAUAGAUCAGGUGUUUGUGGAUCAGGCGAAGACCUGGCUCGGUCAACAGCAGCAGGCUAACGGAUGCUUCUCCUCAGUGGGACAACUCUUCCACACCGACAUGAAGGGAGGAGUGAAUGAUGAGGUGACCCUCUCGGCGUACAUCACGGCUGCCAUGCUGGAACUCAACUACACAGUAACAGAUCCUGUGGUGAGUAAGAGUCUCGAGUGCCUGAGGAAUGCGUACACUCAGGUGAACUCCACCUACACCAAGGCUCUCCUCUUCUACACCUUCACCCUAGCUGGAGAUCAGGGGAUGAGGAACACACUCAUCUCAGAGCUGAAUGCAAAGGCCAUAAUCUCAGGUGGUGGGAGACACUGGAGCAGAGUGAGUGAUGGGUCAGUGACGGACUCUUUAGAGGUGGAGAUGACCUCCUAUGUGCUUCUGUCUCUGAUGUCUGGACCUGAGCUACCUGGGUUUGGUCUGGGUUACAGCUCCAGCAUCGUCUACUGGCUUUCUCAGCAGCAGAACGCCUUCGGGGGCUUCGCUUCUACACAGGACACUGUGGUGGCUCUCCAGGCUUUGGCAAAAUACAGUCUGGCCACCUACAGUCCAGCAGGAGUCGUAACCAUUACAAUAAUAUCACCGUCACAGCUGAUUAAAACGUUUACCAUCAAUCAGAGUAACAGGCUGCUGUAUCAGGAGUCUCAGCUGCCGGAGGUUCCUGGAGUUUACAGCAUUAAAGCAGAAGGAAGAGGCUGUGUGUAUGUGCAGUUCACUUUGCGCUACAACAUCCCUCCUCCUCCUGACCGCUCUUCAUUCACUGUCUCGGCCAAAGCGUCUGGAAACUGCCGUGUCCCAAAUCCGUCUCUGGACGUGAUCGUUUCUGUCAGGUAUAACGGGCAACGAUUGGAGACCAACAUGGUGAUCAUCAACAUCAAGCUACUUUCUGGAUUCAGGGUGGACGAGACAUCUGUGAAGCUUGUGAACAGCAACAAUUCGACUGAUGGAUCUGUGAAACGUGUGGAUAAAGCUGAUGGUGAAGUCGUCAUCUACCUUAAUAAACUCACAAAUGGACAGGAGAAGGUUUACACCCUGACGAUCGUGCAGGACGUUUCAGUGGAGAACCUGAAACCAGCCGUCGUGAAGGUUUACGAUUACUACGAGACCGGUGACUCUGCUGUAACUGACUACACCUCUCCAUGUACUUAAUACACUACUCUGCAUUAUGUACACUGUUGUCUGUAACUCUGUUCAUAAUUUACCGUUGCCUACAGUAAAACUUUUCAAUUUCACAAAAGUUUAGUGAACA